GUGAUUAGUGCAAAUGUAUCCACAUAAAGGUGCAUUUCCGCCGAUGGGCGCACCAUCCAAUUUAGCACCCACAAAUGUUCCGAUUGUUGGUGAUAAUCAGUGGAUGUCGCAAAGUGCAUAUCAAAAUAUCGAUUUGGACAAAGUAGAUUGGGCUGCAUUGGCCCAGCAAUGGAUUCAUAUGAAAGAAACGUGUGUUGUUGAUGCCGAUGAUCCAGUUCCAAAUGCACCGCCUCCGCCACGAUUUUCCAACAUAAUCACCGAUUAUGAGGAACAAGGUGAGGCACCAAUGGAAGUGGAACAUGAAGACGAACAAAUAACUCAGACAAAUGAGAGCAUUGUCAAUGUCAUCGCACCACCACCGCCAACCAAUAUAUUCCAAACGAAUAAUUGGAAUAACGAGUCGAAUUCACGCGGACAACAUUCGAAACACUGGAACAGAAAAUCAGGGAAUCGCUGGAACUCAACGAAUUCGAAUAAUUCGAAAUCACAACGCGCCCAUCAACCGAACGAUGGGUAUGUGUCAGGUCAAGUAUUCAAUAAUGCCAAGCAAACGGGCAAAGUCUGGUCAACGGGCCCAUCGUCAGCCGUCGUGGCGACGAAUGCAACGCCAUUCGUCCAUACAAACAAUGAAUUGAAAGUGCAUGGAUUGGAUGCAAAUUCAAAAUCAGGUAUACAAUUAGAACAAGUAGGUUUAAAUGCAACGCCACCACUAGAUGCGGCACAGCGUAAAACCCUACCAGCAUGGAUUAGAGAUGGCUUAGAGAAAAUGGAGCGUGAGAAAUUGAAGCAAGCCGAACGAGAUCGUGAGAUGAAGGAACGAGACGAAAAGCGACGACAGGAAAAGCUUAUCGAACAAAAUCUCUUAAUGCAACUCAAUGCGAAUGAAUCAUCGCCCAAAUUACCCGCCAAAAGCAAAUUCGAUAGUGACUCUGAAUCGGACAAUGACGAUACGGUAAACAGUGACUAUAGUGAAAAAAUGCCAAAAGCAAAGGUGAUGGUGAUGGCCGAGCGAACAACGGUGGGUACAAGUGCAAGUGGUAGUGCAAAUGCAACGGGCUACGAUUCAACAACAGUGCCAACAUUUAAGCCACAUCGUUCAAAAGCCGAAAUUCUAACCGAAAUUAUGCUUUCGGUACGAAAAAAUCUAACCGAAAUUCUGUUGGAAGUUACAAACGAAGAAAUUUACGCUAUUGCUCAAGACACAUUAAGUAAAGUACGAACAAAAGGUCGUAAAGCUCAAUCCGUUCAAAAGAACGCAUUAACAGCAAAUGCUCCAGCACUUGGAUUGGUCGUGUAUGAUGACAGCGAUGCAUCGAGAUCCGGUGAUGACAGUGACUCCGAUGGAGAGAGAACCAACGAGCACAAUACCAGCGAUAAUGACUCGGAUGCUGAGAUUAAGAAAGCAAUCCAAAGACGAAAAAUGGCAUUUGAGAGUAAAUCAGAGGAGAUUGAAUCAUAUUUGGCAGACCUGGAAGAAAGAGAGAAACAGUGGCUAGAAAAAGAUGACUCGGUGAAAGUGGAAGAAUCAAAGGGUCAGUUGCCAACCGUCCCAUUUGCUACCUAUACCCAAAAAAGCAAUGAAAAUACUGAGAUUCAACGGGAUGCCCAAAAGUUGCCAAAUGUAUCCAAAUCAGAGCGAAAGGGCAGUCGUUUCAGCGAUGCAAAGGGUUUGGUUUACAAUGUGGCGAAUACUCAGAUGGCCAGUGUUACGGCGUCAAGUGUUCGACCGAGUCAUUCAGAGUUCAAGCCACUGUCUGGCGACGUGAAAAAGCAUGAAAGUGAUCGAAGAGACAGUGAUGAUUCCGAUUCGUCGCGUAAACGUUCGAAACAUACAUCGUCGAAAUCGAGUCAUCAUCGUAGUAAACGAGAUCGUAGCCGUUCACCGUCAAGCCGAAAACACAAAAAAUCCUCUCAUCGACGACGCAGCUCGAGCAGCAGCAGUGAUCGUAGUAGUUACUCACGUCACUCGGAUCGAUCGCGAAAGCAUUCACGACGGGAACGCUCAUCUUCCGAUGAUCGCACAAGCAAAUCAAGCCAGGGAAGCCACAAACGUGAUAAAUAUUCAAGAGAAAAAAGCUACUCUAGAAGUCAUAGCUACAAACGAAGCCGUCACUGAAUAAUACGUGUUCCCUCUCUCUUUUUAAAUUGCUAAAUUUAUUUCAUGCCGCAUUCGAAGAAAUUGCACGGUUUCAAUGGCAACUCAACGGUUGAAUCCACGAUUAAGAAUAAACACUUUUUUCCCAAUAUCAAACAUGAUCGAUUGCAAAAAAUUGAACAUGUUGGACUUGGAAAAAUCUGUUCAUUAAAAGUGGAUUCAAUUCGAAAUCACAUUUCGGUCAUACACAAAAAAUCGGAUAUAUGAUUAGAGUCAUAUGAUGUGUGUGUGCAUAGAAAGCGAGUUGUCCCUUGAAUCACAUGUGUUGGGAAAAAAUGCACCAAGUUAUUACCAAAUUUUAACUCUAUUUAUUCAAACUUAUUGGGUAAUACCUCACAGUUUUCAAAUGUCAAUUUCUAGAAUUCAAGUUCCCACACAAAUCGUUUUUGAAAUCAAAUAGAUCAUCAAGUAUAUUCAAAAUUGUUCCUCACAAUCCUUUUCACACUUCGACUGCUUCAAAGACUUAAUUAAAUUCAUGUAGAAAUUAGACUCGUUCUUCUUUCUCAUACAAGAAAAUCAAACUGAAAAACAAAAGAAAACCUAGAGAGCAAGAAGAAUGGAAUUUCGUCGAAUUUGUAUUAUUCAUACGCUUCCAUUUAUUUUGUUACUAUUCUUAUUCGUGAAACACAAACACCUAGGAAAGAAAAUGAAUAAAAAUGCAGCAUGUUCUACGCUUAA